AUGGAGCAGAUUGGGAACUACAUUGCCACGAUCACGAGCGCAAGCAUUGAAGAGAGAUUGAGAACGCUAGCCCAAUUGGGCUUGGCGAUUGCUCUCUUCUUGGCGGACAUUGAGUCCUCCAAUGAUGUGGCAUUGCUUCUUGCCAUGCUUGAGCAAGCAAUUGUUUCAAUUGCUGCCACCGGCCAAGCAUUGGCAUUGAGUCACUUGCGUGACAUUGCCAGUGCACUCGAGAGCUACCAUUGCCGUGCAUGCCGCAUCUAUUGUAUUUAUGAAGGUGCAUUGUGGCAAAGUACACUUCCGUGUACAUUGGCGGCAUUUAACAUCUAUUGCACGAGCAAUUGGGCUCAUUCUGAGAUGCCCAUUGGAACAAGCACCUACAUUGUGGAUUGCUUCGUGGAAACAUUGCAAGGCAUUCUCGUGGGAUCUAUUGUGUCGGCUACCCCAUUGGUUUUCAUCCCCAUUUGGGGUGGAGUUGAUGGCGACGCCUGGAUUCGGGACAUUGCCUACAACUGCAGAUUGGCCUACAAGGGCGCAAGAGACAUUGGCAAUUCGAUUGCACCCUACCACUGGGUGCUGGUAUUGCCGGAUCGGUGGAUUGAUUCACUGACCCAGGCCAUUGCAUUGGACGUGAGCAUGUUUCCGAUGCAUCAAUUGAAUCCUUGCCUCACCCUGCAGACUGCAUUGAGCAAGUGCUUGCAUUGGUGCAGACAAGGAGUGAUUGAGGAAGGAGACAUUGAGUGCAUUGUUCUGGAAGCCAGACGCAGCACAUUGCAUUGGCAACAUGAAGUCCCGUUGCGGGACUGGAGGGCAAUUGCAGUGGCACAAUUGCUCGUAUAUCAGUGCCACGUAUUGCGGCAUUAUUACUGCAGAAGAUGGUGUAUUGACACUGUCUGCGCAGGACAUUGCCAACGCAUUCGCCCUCCGAUUGCAGAUUACAGUGCGGCAAGCCAUUGGCGGUGUUCUUCAAGGACUGUUUCCAAACAGGCCGAAGCACCGUGGGGGUGCAUCGGCAUUUGA